UUUCGGAUAUCUGCCGUCCCACGAGAUUGGAGCGAUAGUGACUUGCGUGCUGCCCUUCAAGCUAUCGAUGGGUCUUUGAGCGACCAAGACUACGAACUAUCACUCUACCCUACGUGUUGCGACUUGGAUCAGACCGCGUUGCUGAAUUUUCGCACCUUCACCGAAUACUUUCUCGACUUUGACGGCAAGGAAACUAGAUACGAGCGGAUUCCCAAAACGGCUAGGAGGGCAGAAGUGGAUCUUGUCAUCGACUGCCAUUUCGACGACUUGACACCGUUGAACGUCCCGAGCGACAACAUUAUCGCCGACGUAGUCGCAGUGACCGGUCUCGCCGGCCAUGCGUUUGAUUCCUGGCGCAGCCGCAAAACUCGCCGUAUGUGGCUAACAGACUUCUUGCCGCUAGACGUCAAGAACAUCAGGAUCAUGACCUACGGCUACGAUAGCAGUCUCGGAACUCGCGAGUCCUCCAUGAAAAUGGUCGACUACAGAAGUCACUUCAUCCAACAGCUCAAGAAUUCUAGAGGCGAUGCAAAAGACCGGCCGAUCAUAUUUAUAGGGCACAGCCUUGGGGGUAUUUUAAUUUUACAGGUACAUCCAUACGGGAGCACGGGGAUCUUGACAUUUGUUGAUCUUGGACAACAAGAAUGGCUAGAAUCCAUCUGCCACCCUCCCGGCUCUAAAUACUCCUGCUCUUCUGACCGUAUUUAUGCCACUUCCAGGCAUUGGCCGAUUCCCAUCGCAAUCCUCUUCACAGGUCUAUCCUGGACGCAACUCAAGGGACAUUCCUUUUCGGAACGCCACACUUAG